CAGUGUGAGUCGGUGGUUUGGUGAAUAAAUGCAGCAGCUGCUCCAGGAAAGCUGAAGUGUGUUUGUCCUGAUAUCUGAAACAUGUCCUGGAUGUGUUGAACUCAAGGUCACACCGUGUUCACUCACUUCUCUCAUCCACUGUGAUCGUGUCGGGAUCAGUCGCUGGAGAAGCUUUUGACUCGUUUACUGUUUGUUUGUCUUCAUGACUUUAGCUUCGGUUAUUAGGAGUUCACCAGGUUUCAGGCCUGUUCUUCAGUAACAGACCCGGAGGAGGAGCGGAGACCUGGUUGUUCAUUCUCACAGAAAGAAAGAAAGAUGUCUGAGUUCAAGUCUCUGGUUGUUUGGAUCCUCAUCAUGUGGACUUUCACCACAGCAGAUGUUGAGGUCUCCUGCGUUUUAGAGGAGAGCUGCAUCUUACCCUGCAGUUUCCAACCUGGUAGAGGCCCAGUCAUUUACUGGAUGCAGGUGGAACCAGGAAACACUCGUGUCCACUCCUACUACAGUGACAGAGACCAGUUUGUACACCAGGGUGAGCGCUUCAGAGGCCGGACAUCGAUGUUCACAGAUCAGAUCUCCAGUGGAAAUGCCUCGUUAAGGCUGACGGGGCUGCAGCUUCAGGACCAGGGCCGAUACGAGUGCUACAUCACCAUCACUGGAGUCACGGAGGAGUCAAUUAUCAACCUGAGAGCAGAUGCUCCGGUGCGUCACGUGGACAUUGAGCAGGUGGAGAACAGCUUCACCUGCCGCUCAGAGGGGAUCUACCCCGAGCCGCAGCUCACCUGGUCCACCAGGCCUCCGUCCAACUUCACCUCUCAUAUCCAAAGCUCAUUGAAGAGGACGGAGCAGCAGCUCUAUGAGAUCAGCAGCACACUGAUACUGUCAGACAGAGACGCUGUUCUGAUCUGCAGCAUCAGCACUCGCAGUGGCAGGAGGAGCGCGGUGUGGUAUCAACCCACUCCCGUCAGUGUGUCAACGUUUAAAACAACAAUAACAAUCCACUGCACUGCUCCAAACACCAAACCCCCGACACACUGGGUGUGGAAAUUCAACCACAGGCAGAUCAUUGUGAACCAGACCGGGGUCGACGGCCUCCACAGCGUCUCAGAGCAGUGGAGGCAGCAGGUGGAAAAUGUGUCAGAGUCAGGCAGCCUCACGCUGCACCACUUAUCUUCAGAUCACCAGGGAACGUUCACCUGUGAACUCAGUAGUGAAGAGGAGACGUAUUUCAUCAACAGCUACGUGACGAUAGAGAAAGGUUUUUUAUGUUCAGCUGCAGCAAUUGUGGUCGGAGUCCUCGUUGUGUGUUUAGCAUUAGGAGCUGGAGCAGGAUUUUUCGACAUUAGAAGACGAAAGAUCAUCCACAAUCAGAUGCUUCAGAUGACACAUUUAAACUUCAAAAAGGGGGAACUCUCAAAUGCUCUGUGUAAAGUCGUGGCCUCAGCACUGAAGUCAGACCCCUCACAUCUGAGAGAACUGGAUCUGAGUAACAACGAGCUGCAGGAAUCAAGAGUGGAGCUGCUGUGUUCUGGACUGGAGGGUCCAAACUGUCAACUGAAGACUCUGAGGUUGAUUCACUGCAAUCUGUCAUGGAACAGCUGUUCUUCUCUGGCUUCAGCUCUGAAGUCAAACCCCUCUCAUCUGAGAGAACUGGAUCUGAGUAACAACCUCUACCUGCUGGACUCAGGAGUGAAGGAGCUGUGUGGUUUUCUACAGAGUCCAACCUGUCAACUGGAGACUCUGAGGUUGUUUGACUGCAGACUGUCACAGAUCAGCUGUCCUUCUCUGGCUUCAGCUCUGAGGUCAGACCACUCUCAUCUGAGAGAACUGGAUCUGGGUAAAAACAGGCUGCUGGACUCAGGAGUGAAGAAGCUGUGUGUUUUUCUACAGAGUCCAACCUGUCGACUGGAGACUCUGAGGUUGAGUCUCUGCGGUCUUUCAGAGAUCAGCUGUUCUUCUCUGGCUUCAGCUCUGAGGUCAAACCCCUCUCAUCUGAUAGAACUGGAUCUGAGUAGAAACGACCUGCAGGACUCAGCAGUGAAGGAGCUGCUUGAUCUACAGCAGAGUCCAACCUGUCGACUGGAGACUCUGAGAGUUUCGAGGCUUCAGCAGCAGAGGAGUGAGAAGAGAAAAGAGUUUUUAUCUGAUGAUUGGCAAAGAGAAAACUACAGGAUAUCACAAGACUUAGUGUGGAAAUGAGGACGGGAAAGUGUGUCCGUCUGAGUUUUAUUCAUGUUCAGCUCAGACAAUGAAGAAAGUGAUGAGAACACGAACCAUGAAAAGAAGGAAAUGCUGUCUGAGACAG